AUGCAAUUGAAUACAAGUUCGAGUCGAAGUUCGGGUCGAAGCAGUUCACGGCGACGUUCUAUAUCAUCAAUAUUGAAUAGCGCACGAUUUGAUACAUUUUCGUUAGGCGUUACGGGUAUCGAUAAUCGUCAAGCAGUUAUUAUUGAAAUUGGAACAAUAUUAACAAAAGUUGGUUACGCUGGUGAAUUUGUACCACGAGCAAUUAUACGUUCCGAAUACAUCGAUAAUUUGGGUAAACCACAGAAAAUAUUCAAUGAAUCAUUUAAAAAUAGCGACGAAUAUCAUGCUUUUAUAAAAUUAUUUGAAAUAAUUUUUUAUAAAAUUCUUCUAACGGUCGCUAAAGAACGUCGCAUUGUAAUCGUAGAAAGUGUAUUAGAGCCUACAUAUCGUCGAGAUCUUAUUGCUAAAAUUUUGUUUGAAAUCUUCGAUGCACCUUCAAUUCUUUUUGCUCCAUCACAUUUGUUAGCAACAUUUCCAUUUGGUUGUUCGAAUGCUUUAGUUAUCGAUGUUGGUUACAGAGAAGCGCUCAUAUUGCCGAUAAUUGAAGGAGUGACAGUUUUAAACAAUUGGGAAUCAUCAGCAAUUGGCUCAAAACGUGUAGAAGAAAGAGUACGCGAACUGCUUUUUAAAUACGGCAAAAUUAUCACAAGCAGUGGCGAAGAACGUGAAAUAAGUGUCGCUGAUGAAUUUUUAUUGGGAAAAUACCGACUAUUUGAAGAUAUUGUAACUAGAUUUUGCUUUGUUACCACAAUGGAACGCGGCAAGCAGAUUCAAAAAUCAGGUUACAACACGAGUGAAAAUAUACCAAAACCACCUUGCGAAGUUCGUUUACCUUUCGGUAAUGAAAUGAUUGUUGUCCCUGGAAUUGUCAGGGAAUGGAGUGCUGAAGUUAUCUUUGAGCACAAUGAUGAUAUCCGUUCUCUUCCACAAUUAAUUCUAGACUGCGUGUUCAGGUGCCCUAUUGAUUGCCGCCGUAAUUUACUUAAUGGAUUAAUAUUAGUUGGUGGAUCAACUUGCAUGAAAGGAUUUUAUGCAAGGUUGCAAAGCGAAUUAUUGGAAUUAAUGACAUCAAAUCCUUAUUCAUCAAAGUUAGGAAGUAUCAAAUCUGUUAAAUUUUUCCUAUUGCCAAACACACGGAUCGAAUUGUAUGGAAAUUGGCUUGGAGGUAGCAUGUUUGGGUCAUUAGAGAUUUUGCAAUAUCGUUCUUUCUCACGUGAGGAAUGGCUUACGUCUAAAACAGUACCAGAUUGGAUUUCACGAUCUUACGAAAUAUCUCAAAAUCCUGGUAAAGAACGAUAG